UGCACUUUCUUAUUAUUGUGAUUAAGUUAUUUAUUCAAUUUGUAAAAAAUCCCCAAUCUGAUUUCUUAUUAAUGUGACCGUGGAGGUUUUUUUUGCUUUGAAUAAAGUUCAGCGGAUAUAUGCAAUUAAGUAUGAUGUUUAUAUUGAUCGUAUUUUAGUAGAUUAUAUUGAUCUUAUUUUAAUAGAUUAUAUUGAUCUUAUUUGUCGUCUUUACUUUUUUAGUUUUCCAUCAUAUUAAUGUUUCGCCCUUUGUUUCUUUUUAUUCUGAUAUUUUCAAUUGUCCUCAAUUUGAAUGAUUAACUAUUCAUUGAAUGAUCACAGCUUAGCUUUAAUUUAUAGACACUGGACAAUUUCAAAGGCUACGAGACUUGAAGCAAUCAGAUUUCUACACAGCAAAAAAGAGAAACAUUUUCUAUACGACAUUGUUGCCAAUGGUCGCACUGGGUUAGAUAAAUUUGACAUUGUUGAUGGAUCAAGGAGAAAUAUGAAAGCCUGUACAAGGGCAUUGGCAAAAAAGAUGAUAUAUCUGUCUUUUGUGCUCUAUAUGAAAGCGAUGAUGAUGGAUCCCGGAGUGUGUUCGCAAGAUAAGCGUCAUACAAAAGUGAAGAUCGGCGGGCAUGUUUGUGUUGAGGAUAUAAGAAGUGGAAAAGGUAGUGCACUUCAACUGAAUGAUCUGCUGCGUGGGCUUAGUCCAUCUGACUAUGUUCUUCAUGCAAUUUCCAAUGUUCAGACAAAUGAUCUGGAGCGGACCCUACUGUUUGCAUGGAGGACUUAAUAAGCUUGCCGAGUUGCUUGAUGUGGAGAGGGUGGGGAUUUGCCACCAAGCCAGGAGUGAUAGCUUGCUGACUUCUUGCACAUUUAGGAAGCUGAAGGAGAGUUUCUUUAAUAGAAACACUGAGAAAUAUGUCGGUAUUUUGUAUAGCCUUGGUGUUGAAAAAUUGACAGAACACCCAUUAGUAUGAGUUCUUGGAAAAAAACCUUAUAUUAAUAAGAAGCUAAUGAAAAAAAAAGUUUGUUGUUUGAGUAUAUAUCUUUAUGUUUGGUUUAUUUGUAUUUUA